GCUAUACAAAAGUUAACUGUGGAUUCGAACAUUGGGCUUGACACUGGCCCAAUAUCUAAGGGCACUUUCUUUUCGAAACUUGGAUAGUGACAUAACGAACAAAUUCUCUGUGAAAAUUUGUAGCUUUAUUCCCGGCCUUCUUGUUCUUCCAUCUUCUUCUUCUUCUUCUCACCUCGAUCCAAGCCUCCAAAAGCAAAACAAAAAGGCAAAUUCCUCUCUCUGUUUUCGUUUUCAGAAUAAGUUCCUCGCACUUGACCUAUUACAAUCUUUCUGUGGAAUCACUACCAUGAAGAAGGUCCAUCCCUCCCUAAGCAAGCGGAGCACCUCGUACAACGUCGUAUCAUCUUCGGCGCCGAAGAAGCUCCGGAGACUCCCUCACGUGUUCGCCAAGGUUCUCGAGCUUCCUUUCCAGUCCAGCGCCGACGUUUCCGUCCAAGAAACCUCCGACUCUUUCCGGUUCUCCGUGCCCGUGACAGCCGGUCAUCAAGUAUACCACGACGAGGUUGUCAGGGCCAACGCGAUAGAGAUCUAUCCGGGGGUGACCAAGAUUGUGAUACAAAAGAUGAAUGGUGGUGACUUUUCGCCGGAGGUGAACGACGUCGGGGGUCAUUUCGAUAAGUGGAGGUUUCGUCUCCCGCCUUCGAUGAGACCGGAGUUGGCUAAUGCGACGUACGCUGGUCAAGAACUGGUUGUCACUAUUCCAAAGAACCAUGCAUGUUCAUGAUCACGGUGAUCGUAGCACGCGAGAGGAACAAGAACAAGAUGAAAAUGUUAGGGUAAUUGUUAUACAGUGAUGUUUUCGAUCUAGCUACCAUAAAAUCCUGUCAAUCAAUUUGGAAGUACGUACGUACCGUGUUAAUUGACUGACAAAUUGAUGUUA